AUGAAAUUACAAAGUGGCACGGUACAAGCCCUUUACUACAGCCAAAAGUCAAAUCCGCUCUACAGCUCACCAAUACUUCAGAUUACAACUUUGAGUAAGUUCUCAUUCGGACCAAACGAGAAGUAUCGAUAUAAAGCCAAUCUAAGUGACGGUACACAUUAUAUGAAAGCUGUUUUCAGCAGUGAACUUGCAAAUAUAUUUGAUAGCAACGAAAUUGCAAGAUUCUACGUUAUAAAACUGGGCAGUUUUACCGUAAGGCCGAAGGACAAUAGCAACUAUCUCUACAUUCAAUCAAUUGCUGCUUAUGAAAAAUUUGAAUCCGAAUUUGGACAUUCUGUAAAUAUUUCCAGUGGAAAGCCAUCCUUUGAUCCUUCAGGAUCAAACAAAAACGAAGAAGAGGUGCAAAAAGAGAAUUCAAGACAGUCAGUAUCACCAAAGAGCGCAACAAAUAAUGAAAUGCACUAUGCAACAUUAUCAGUCAAUCAAGAAGAUGUCUCAAAGCGAUUUAAAGAAGCUGCUAAUGAAGAUAUUACAGAUAUUAAAAAAAUUUUUCCACACAAGAAAACUUUCAAGUUUAAAGGAAGAGUUGUUUCAAAGACCGAGAUUAAGAAAUUUACUACACAGAAAGGCGACGGACAAGUUUUUAGCUUUGAGAUUGCUGAUUGCACAGGUCAAAUAAAAUGCGUGGCAUUUUCUGAAUGUGUAGAUACAUUUUAUCCACUGGUUGAGAACAAUAAAGCAUAUGUUAUUUCAAAUGUGACAGUUAAGCCAUCAAACAAGAAGUUUUCCAACAAUACUUCUGAUUUUGAGAUUCACUUGGAAAAGAACACAAUAAUCACAAAGGUUGAAGAUGACAAUAUACCAAAGUACAUGUUUAAGUUUGUAAAAAUUGCAGAUCUUGCUUCCGUUGGAGGUGUUGUUGACUGUCUGGCAGUUAUUAAAGAAGCAUAUCCAGUGGGCAAGAUUACUAUAAAAUCUACCGGUAGGGAGAGUGCUAAAAGAGAUCUAAUGAUUAUUGAUCAAACAGGUAGCUGUAGACUAACACUAUGGGGGCCUAAGGCCGAAGAAGAGUAUGAAAAGGACAAUAUCAUUUGUCUUGGCUCUGUGAAAGUAGGCGACUACAAUGGAAUAAACCUAACAACAGUGUCUAAUUCACAGGUUAUACAGAAUAUUGAACUUCCAGAGGCCAUUGAGUUACUUGCAUGGUAUGAAGAGAAAGGAAGAAAUAUUGUCAUUGAAAAGCCAAAAAGAAUUCCAAAGAGGUCAUUUAUUAGUGAAGUCAAGGACAAUUCUCUUGAAUAUGCUACUAUUCAAGGUUCUGUGGUGUAUCUCAAAGAAGAAGGGCUGUUCUACGAGGCAUGCCCCUCCGAAACCUGUAACAAAAAGGUUUUAAUGGAAGAUAAUGGGAUUUUCAGGUGUGAAAAGUGCAAUUAUACCUUUGAAAAAUGUAAUUAUCGAUAUAUGAUCAACAUCCACGUUGGUGACUUCACAGGACAAAUGUGGAUUACAAUUUUUGAUGAGGGUGGAAAGAGUUUAUUGGGUGUUACGGCAGCAGAGCUUAAGGAAAUGGGAGAGUGUAAUCCAGAAAAUGUUCAUAAUCUGAUUAAAGGAAUUUAUUCGAAGGAAUUACAGUUUAGGCUUAGAAACAAGGAAGAAAAUUACAAUGGGGACAUCAAAUUGAGAAGUAGUUGCUUAGAAAUCAGCCCAGUUGAUUAUGUGUUUGAAACAAAAAGGAUGCUUGAAGCUAUUGAAAAGGUAAGUGUUUGA